UCUGUGGUCUUGGAUCUUCGUUUCAGUGAAUGUCUCCAGGUCGAAGAAGCUGUCGUCAGCUUCAUGCUCCAAUAGUGUCUUAUAUUUCCCCGUUUCCUUCAACCCUUGGUGCAGCUUUUCAUUUUAUAGACUUCCCCGGUAAACGCCUGCAUCAUUUCAACAGGUAGCCUCUCCUGGUUAGGCAUAAUUACCGGGAGUCACGGCAUUUUUCGAGCCGGUACGUACUUUGGACGAGGGGAACGGAGACACUUGUUCUGUGGAAGCCGGUAGAGGAACGGUAUACUGCCCCGAGGUACUCACUCAACCUUCCGUCAACAAUUACCAACCAGCGCCUGUACGGGACGGAGCCGACGAAACCAAGGCUGCUACUCAAGACGAGUUAUUGUACUCCUUAAAGUAAGACCCCUGACUCAGACCCACCAUGGCAGCCAUGGAUGUAGACAUGCCCAUGUCUCCUGAAGUCACACAGACAUCAGACAGCGACCCGUACAACACGCUGCGUAACUUCACCAUCGAGAAGAAGAUCGGGCGGGGACAGUUCAGCGUGGUGUACCGCGCACAGAACCUCGUCAACGGCAAGGACGUGGCUCUUAAGAAAGUACAGAUAUUUGAGAUGAUGGAUGCAAAAGCAAGACAAGACUGUAUCAAGGAGAUAGACCUGCUUAAGCAACUGAACCACCCUAACGUGAUCCAGUACUACGCCUCCUUCAUCGAGGACAAUGAGCUGAACAUAGUGCUGGAGCUGGCUGAUGCUGGGGACCUCUCACGCAUGAUCAAGCACUUUAAGAAACAGAAGCGGCUGAUCCCAGAGAGGACGAUCUGGAAGUACUUUGUACAGCUGUGCAGCGCGCUGGAACACAUGCACUCCCGCAGGGUCAUGCACAGAGACAUCAAGCCAGCAAACGUGUUCAUCACAGCAACAGGAGUGGUGAAACUGGGAGACUUGGGGCUGGGCAGGUUCUUCAGCUCUAAAACUACUGCUGCUCACUCACUAGUUGGUACUCCCUAUUACAUGUCACCUGAGAGGAUACACGAGAACGGAUACAACUUCAAGUCUGAUAUCUGGUCUCUUGGCUGUUUACUGUACGAGAUGGCAGCUCUGCAGAGCCCUUUCUACGGAGACAAGAUGAACCUGUACUCCCUGUGUAAGAAGAUUGAGCAGUGUGACUACCCUCCUCUCCCUUCUGAACACUACUCGGACGAGCUGCGGCACCUGGUGAACAUCUGCAUCAACCCUGACCCUGACAAGCGGCCUGACAUCAUGUACGUGCACGAGGUGGCGCGGACCAUGCACUCCGCUAACAUCCAGGCACAGCAGCAGCAGCAGCAGCAAUAAGCCUCAGGAUGUCUUACCUUCACACCUGGCUGCUGAUCAGAAAUCAUGGUACUAUUGCACUGGGCUCUGGUGAGAAAAAUUGAUGGAUGAUUAUAAUUAGCUUGAUGUUCAGUCCUUCUUGUGGUUUGGGCAGACUCUCUCCAGGCCUGUAGACAAUGCCAGACACACAGUUCAUCUUAGACAGACCGGUAGGUUUGCAUGACAAGAGUUAGCCCAGUUAGUGCAAACCUACUAGAAAGCCGGAGGCCCUAUUUACACUAAUAAAAAAUUGAUUGUCCCACAAUGCGUGCAUAAUGUAGGAUUGAUUUUUUGAGUGGGCAAACAGACCCGCCACGCCACAUGGCACCCCGCAGCAAUUUUUGUGUGGCGCAUCCAGGAUACGCCACACAUAAAUCAAUGGCGUGCAAAUCUAUGUUCUGGGACAAAUGAUUUUUUGCCCCUUGUAAACUUGGCCCUAAGUUGAACUGGACAGCUGGGAUGGUCUACAGGUCUGACAAGAGUCCUCUCAAAUCACAACAAAACCCAUACACCAGGCCAGAACAUAAUCAACUCCACAGUGUAGGUACAGAACUAGAAAAUCUGUGAAAGGUGGACAUAUUCUGGACGUACCGAGUAGACUACAGGCACCGUUUUUUCCAUAAACCUUAGAGGCCUACAUGUAGAAUAGGAUUGUCUAUAUUGAAAGAUUGCUGUGUAGCCUUUUAUAAAAACUUUGCUGAACCAAGGCUUUCUUGGCUGAUAGAUACAACUGCUUUUUUUAAAGAAAAAGGAAGAAAUUUCUCAUGUAGAGUGCCUCAGAAAAGCCUAGCAAAGUGCCUUCUCUAUUUUACACUGAAUGAAGCUUGAGCUAUCACAGGGGUUGAAUCUCAGCGAAUCUUUGUCUAACUUCUCUGCAUUUUCUCCAAGAACCCAUCAACAUUCUUUCAACAAUUUGAGCCACCAGUUUUUAAUGCACAUAGAGUGAGGUUGUAUACCUCUGUAGAAGUAGACCACUUUCAGUGUUGUAAUAGUUGAAACCACAUCAUGAUAGUAGAACAUGGUACUAUAUUCCCUCAAGUACUCAUGAAUGUCAGGACAAAACACAAAAAUGUUAGGAGUAAAAUCUUGUCUUUGCACAAGGGUGUCCUCAUCCUAUUUGUGAAGAAAAAUUGUAGAAAAAAAACCUCAGAAGCUACUUUGAAAAUAGGUACAUGUGUACAGCAUAAAGAGUUGGAUUUUUUAGGGUGAACCCAAGAGAGUUUUAAAAAUAGCUUGUUUCUUUGUACCUGGGAUCUUUUUGACUAAUGACAAAUUGCAUUGUAAAAUUCCAGUUUUACUGAUGACAGUUGAAGUAAAAAAAACUUCUCACAGAAUAUUGUCAUCUGAAAAACUUGAUAGGAAAGUCAUUCUAAAAAGAAAAAACUCAGGAUGAUGAAAAAGGAAACCUUCUCCAUUUGCAAGAUCACAAACAAGUCAUUUCUUGGUGUGAAUAAACGACCACAAUACUGACACACGAAGUUGCAGGCAUUACGUAACACAGCAAGGCUCCGCCCUCCAGGUGUUGCCAAAAAAAUAGAGUACCUCUGCACUUCUCUGAUUGGUCCAAUUGUAAGAUUGCUGCUAGAACAUUGAAUAGCGAUUGGCUAAUGGGGUCCAGUUAAAUGUAUUUGAAGCUCUUAGUGUUAUCAUAGCUUAUACUGGCCUCCAGUACUGUACAUAUAAUGAACACUAAAGGAAUAUUUUGAAAGAAGUCCUCGAUUUUAAAAGACUGUAAAUUUUCUGGUGAUCAAAGACUACAGAAAUGAGUGAAAUAUUAUAAUUGUAUGUAUAUCUUGAACUGAAACUCGAUAAUUUAAAUUUUCCUACCUGAAAUGUAACUGUUUAGAUAGAAAUUGUCUGUGCGUGUGCAAUUAUAAUUGAUACAGCAUGUAUAUGUUGUUUUUUAGUUUACCUAGGGUGUAUUGUUUUUUGAAGCACAUGUAUUGGUAGCUUUCAUAGUAAGCUUUUGUCUCCAGUAGAAUAUUUUAUGUGGAAGUUUAUUUUGCUUGUGUGAAUUUUACCAUCAUGAUAGAUAUUCAAAUCUGACUGUGUUUUAAAACAGAAUGUCGUGCUGGCAAGCUUUUCUUUCCAAUACUUUAUUUCCAAUGCUUUCUAUUUGUUUAUGUACUUCAGUCUGUGACUGCAAAAUUUUCUUAAACUGGCAACAAAUUCAACCUGUAUUUCUUGUCUUACUGUAUCUCGUCACAAUGUAAAAAUGUAACAUUGGUACAUACAUGUUGUAGGGGUACAUGUAUGUAACAAUGCCAGUAUAUGGUAGUGUUGGAAUGUUACUAAUUCCAAAGUAAAUAAUGAACCUACUGCUACUGUAUGUGACUUUUUAGAAAUUGUACAUGUUGUAUUUACACAAUGUCACUGUCAAUGCUUCAAGCAGAGGUAGGGUGUACAUGUACAAAUGUAUGUGUAUAACUUACUAAUGUAUCUUCCCACCUAUACAUUGUAAUUUUCGGCCAUGGAGGCUUUAUAAUGUAACAAUUCACUUUUAGUACACCCAUACAGUAUGUGUAUGGCAUUUGAGUGUUUUAUGUAAGAACAUUGUUGAGUAGACAAUUGCAAAACGUAAAUGUUGCAAGGAAUCAUUUGUAUCAAACAAAAUGGCAAGCGGAUGGUAGGUUUUACUUUCAUGUGUGAUGCCUUGUUUUUGUCAACCGUAGUGUCUUUUAGGAAGUAAAGUCAGAAGUUGUUUUUUUGGGACGUGAAACUGUUGAUGUAUUUGGUUCUGAUGUGUGUACAGCGCUUGGCAAUAUGUGUGUGAAGUACCCACCGGUGGAUACAAUAAAAGCUUGGAAAUGGA